UUUGGAAUGGGAUAAACUACUUCUGUAGGAUUUACUCGUGUAUAUCCGUGGAGUGGUGCGAUAUAAAGGCCAAAACGACUGCCCAUGAAAAUGAUGCUUAGAAAAUAUUGUGCUUAAAAUGAUGCUGGUUGUUUGCGGCGCGGCGUGAUAAAUCUCAAAAUGCCAUCAAGGAUAAAUAUGUACAAAAAUCUUUCAUCAUUUUAAAAUACAUUAUGAUAAGAAAAUGGUGAACUUCCAAGGGCAGCUAAAAAUAAAUAUAAGAAAAAAGAAAAACAUCAAAGUUGUGAAAAUGCAUUUCAAUUACUUAAAUAAAUAUUAUAGUGAAAUCUGAUAUUAUACUUCAGUGUUGUGAAGAUCGCGUAAAUCCCUCUUUGCUUUAUAGUUGAGGGGAGGGGGAGUCGUUGUCGUUGUGGUUUGGCGUUUAGCGUUUGCCUUCAGCGAACAUAAUAUAGUGUAGAUAGCGUUAGUGUUUUUUCUUUUUUAUAAUUGGAUACCUGGACCAUUAAUAAUGUAGAAAGUAGGAGGCUUUAAAAAAAGAACAACCAAAAAUGCCAACAUGUGGAAAAAUAAAUCCGAUAACAGAGCCUGAGAAAAGUUAGCAUAAAAUUGAUUUGAUUACACAUAGUGUCGUCAGCGUCAGCGUCAACGUCAAGUGUCAGUGUAAGCGUCAGUUUCAGAUUGAAGCAAAUAUAAGUAUACGUCAAAGUAUUACGUGGUGGAAUACAAAAAGAAGAAGUUAUAAUAGAGAAAUAAAGUAAGAGUGGUCGGGUUAAAUUGGCGCGUAGCAUAAGUUCUAGUAUAAAGCUGGCCUAAAUGAAGAAUGAAGAAACAAAAUGUUCGCACGAUAUCCUUGAUCGUGUGCACAUUUACUUACCUAUUGGUUGGUGCCGCAGUUUUUGAUGCACUCGAAUCGGAAACAGAGAAAAAACGUUGGGAGGCACUUCAAGCCGUCGAAGAUAUGAUUAUACGAAAAUAUAAUGUUUCACAAGAAGACUUCAAGGUAAUGGAAACUGUUGUCUUAAAAUCUGAACCACACAAAGCCGGACAACAAUGGAAAUUCACGGGAGCAUUUUAUUAUGCUACCACCGUUCUAACCACGAUCGGCUAUGGACAUUCAACACCAAGUACAAUUGGCGGAAAACUCUUUACAAUGUGUUAUGCAAUUGUUGGCAUACCAUUGGGUCUUGUAAUGUUCCAAAGUAUUGGAGAAAGAGUGAAUAGACUGAGCAGCUUUGUUAUACAAUCAGUGAGGAUAUCACUUCGCUGUAAACGAACUGCGGCUUCCGAAGUAGAUUUAAUUUGUGUUGUUACAACUUUAAGCUCUCUAACGAUAGCCGGUGGUGCUGCGGCCUUCUCGAAAUUUGAGGGCUGGAGCUAUUUUGAUUCAGUAUAUUACUGUUUUAUUACUCUAACUACUAUAGGUUUUGGGGACAUGGUGGCUUUGCAAAAGGAUAAUGCCCUCAAUAAAAAACCAGAAUAUGUAAUGUUCGCAUUAAUAUUCAUUUUGUUUGGAUUGGCAAUUGUGGCCGCUUCAUUGAAUCUCUUAGUUCUCAGAUUUGUAACCAUGAAUACGGAGGACGAACGACGAGAUGAGGCUCAAGCAAUGCAGGCUCUGCAAGUUGCUGUGCGGUUAGAUGGCGAUGUUAUAACAGCAAACGGUUCCAUAUUAAGUGGCUAUACGGGUCAUGAGCUGCAGUCUAUAAAUGCUGACGAUGCAUCGAUAUGUUCGUGUGCCUGUUUUAGGGCAAGUCGACAUAAAAAGCACCAAUAUAAAGUUCGCAGAUCACCAUCGCACAUAAGACAUUUACUGCCCGAGGUAGUUCCAAUGAAAGAUUUGACCUUUGAUACGCAUAGUACGAGUGGCAGUGCCAUGCAAUCAAGACCUCAAUCACAUCUUUUAAAAAGAAAUGUAUCGCUUUUAUCCUUUCGAAUCUAA